AAAAAUGGGGGCGCGGAGAUAACGGUGUCGGAAAGAGGUUUUCACCUGCGAGUCACUGUCUCCAUCUCGGUGUCCUGGAUACGCGGAAUUUUACGGUUCAAACCCGCUCGCGCUGAUGGACAUAAAGCGCGAGCGCAAAUGAAUUUGUCCCGACGCUGCAAACGCAGAGACAACAAAGGCAUUCAGGUCCAAACUGCUGAAGAUUACCAAAAUCAGGACAUGAAGCCAAAACGGAUUUAAAAAGAAAUUGUGUGCGCCUGGACGAUUGUGUGUGCUUCCUCGUCAUGGCUCGCAUCUCACUGGAAGUGCGUCCCUCUGCCGUUCUGCUCCUGCUGACCCUCCUGCUCUCCUCUCUGUCCCGCACCUGCCAUGCCUUAGCUUCCCCCAAGUUCACAAAGAUCCCGACAGAUCAGAUAGGAGUGUCGGGCGGUGUGGUGUCCUUCGUGUGUCAAGCCACAGGUGACCCCAAGCCACAGGUCAUCUGGAACAAAAAGGGCAAAAAGGUCAACUCUCAGAGAAUAGAGACCAUAGAGUUUGAUGAAGGAGCAGGGGCGGUGCUUCGUAUCCAGCCACUGCGAGCGCCGCGAGAUGAGAACGUUUACGAGUGCGUGGCCCGGAACACUGAGGGCGAAAUCGCAGUCACCUCCAAGCUGUCCAUUAUCCGAGAGGAUCUGUUGCCGUUCGGCUUCCCCAGUAUAGACAUGGGCCCCCAGCUGAAGGUGGUGGAGAGAACGCGCACUGCAACCAUGCUCUGCGCUGCCAGCGGCAUCCCCGAUCCAGAGAUCUCCUGGUUCAAAGACUUCCUUCCUGUGGAGCCGGCGCUCAGCCAGGGCCGCAUUAAACAACUACGAUCAGGUGCCUUGCAGAUCGAGCGGAGCGAGGAGACAGACCAGGGGAAAUACGAGUGUGUAGCAUCGAACUCGCAAGGAGUGCGCUACUCCGCACCAGCCAAUCUCUACGUGAGAGGUACGGAUUACAUUCGUCGCGUUCCUCCUCGUUUCACCAUCCUGCCCUCGAGUCACGAGAUCAUGCCUGGAGGAAGUGUAAAUAUCACAUGUGUAGCUGUGGGCUCCCCCAUGCCCUACGUGAAAUGGAUGCUGAACUCCGAAGACCUGACACCCGAAGAAGAGAUGCCGGUCGGACGGAACGUUCUGGAGCUGAACGGCGUCCGCGAGUCAGCCAACUACACCUGCGUGGCCAUGAGCAGCUUGGGGAUUAUAGAAGCUGUUGCUCAGGUCAUCGUUAAAUCAUUGCCCAGAGCUCCUGGCACACCCAUCGUGACAGAGACGACGGCCACAAGCAUCACUAUCACCUGGGACUCUGGCAACCCAGACCCUGUGUCCUAUUAUAUCAUCCAAUACCGGGCAAAAUCACCCGACAGCAAGUUUGAGACAGUGGACGGCAUCACCACGACGCGCUACAGUAUCGGUGGCCUCUACCCCAACACCGAGUACGAGAUCCGCGUCUCUGCGUUCAACACCAUCGGCCAAGGCCCACCCAGCAACAAGGUGGAUGCUAGGACCGGCGAGCAAGCACCGGCCAGCCCGCCUCGGAACGUCCAAGCCCAAAUCAUCUCGCCUAGUGCUGUAACUGUCAGGUGGGAGGAGCCUGAAGAACCCAACGGCCAGAUAAAGGGCUAUCGGGUUUACUACACCACGGACCAGUCACAACCCAUGAGCAACUGGAAGAUCCAUAAUGUUCAGGAUAGUGUGAUCACCACCAUCCAGAGCCUGGCUCCAUCUGAGACAUAUACCAUCCGUGUGCUGGCUUUUACCUCUGUUGGAGAUGGUCCCUUCUCUGACUCGGUGCAUGUUAAAGUCCUGCCUGGGGUCCCAGGCCAGCCGGGGAAGUUCCGGGUGGGCAAAAUAAGAGAUACGAGCAUCGAGUUGAUGUGGGAUCCACCGUUUUCUAAAGAGCCCAUCAAGAGCUAUGAGCUCAUUUACAGAGCUGCCAAGCACAGCACACAGGAGAAGAAGGUUUUCGAGCCCAGGUCCUCGUAUGUCGUAGAGGGUCUGCGAGCAAACACUGAGUACACUUUCUCUCUGGCGGCCAUUUCGAGCAAAGGCAUCGGAGCCUUCACCAAUGAGAUCUUCCAGCGCACUGCACAAGCCAACGUGCCCAGGAACUUCUCGGUCAAUCUGGCAACCAAGACGAGCGUAUUGCUGACGUGGGAGUUUCCGGAGAGCAGCUCCCCAUACCGCUUUACUGUGGAGUAUAACCGUCAGAAGAUGGAGGUGGAUGCUCGAUUAAGGAAGGCCGUGAUCCCCAACCUGAUGCCUGACACCAGCUAUGAUUUUAAAAUCACCAGUCCUGAGGGCAACCUGGGUGGCCUGAGACACCGCAUCCAUGCUAAAACCUCACCUCCCAUGGUCAUCAACCGGCCAGAGAUCGACCACAGCCGUGAAACUGAGACCACCAUCACCAUCAUACUGCCCUCACUGGACACUAGGAACAAUGUUAGGAAUAUCUAUGUGGUGGUGGUUCCACUGAAAAGAGGCCGAGGAGGAAACAGGCAUCUAAAGAGCCCAGAUGAAAUGGACUUGGAAGAGCUGUUGAAGGACAUUAGCCAGAAGCAGCACGAUCCACGGCAAAGGCAAGUGGACCUUCGACGUGCCUACAUCACCGCUCGAUUCACUCCCUCCACCCUACCUGCGUUCUUCACGCUCGGGGACCAGCUGGACUACGGUGGCUUUGAUAACCGCGCUCUGGAGUCUGGCCAGGAGUACGUUUUCUUUAUCCUCGCUGAACUCAACUCAACCACUGGGAAGAUGUUCGUUGCCAGCCCCUAUACGGACCCGGUAAUUGCACCUGACUCAGACCCCCAGCCUCUGGAUGCUGGAGAUGGACUCAUCUGGGUGGUGGGACCCGUCCUUGCUGUGGUCUUCAUCAUCUGCAUCGUCAUCGCUAUCCUGCUGUACAAGAACAAGCGCAAAGACUCUGAGCCUGGCACCAAGUGUUUACUAAACAACGCUGAAAUGAUGGCUCAUCACCCCACCGACCCCGUCGAGAUGAGACGCAUCAACUUCCAGACACCAGGUAUGAUGAGUCACCCCCCCAUCCCGAUCGCCGAGCUGGCAGAACAAACCGAGCUUCUGAAGGCCAACGAUAACCUCCGGCUCUCCCAGGAGUAUGAGUCCAUUGAUCCGGGGCAACAGUUCACGUGGGAGCAUUCGAACCUGGAAGUGAACAAACCGAAGAACCGCUACGCUAACGUCAUUGCCUACGAUCACACCAGAGUCAUCCUUGCACCAGUGAAUGGCAUUAUAGGUAGCGAUUACAUCAACGCAAACUACAUUGACGGCUACAGGAAGCAGAACGCGUACAUCGCCACGCAAGGCCCACUGCCCGAGACUUUUGGAGACUUCUGGAGGAUGGUGUGGGAGCAGAGGGCUGCAUCAAUAGUUAUGAUGACUAAACUAGAGGAGAAAUCACGGAUAAAGUGUGAUCAGUACUGGCCCAGCAGAGGCACAGAAACGUACGGCUUGGUGCAGGUCACUCUGCUGGACACAAUGGAGCUCGCCACCUUCUGUGUGCGGACCCUCUCACUGCACAAGAGUGGCUGUAAUGAGAGGAGAGAGGUGAGACAGUUCCAGUUCACAGCAUGGCCUGAUCAUGGUGUUCCUGAGUAUCCCACGCCAUUCUUGGCUUUUCUGCGCAGAGUUAAAGCCUGUAAUCCUCCGGAUGCAGGGCCUAUCAUCGUUCACUGCAGUGCGGGCGUGGGACGAACGGGCUGCUUUAUUGUGAUCGAUGCCAUGCUGGAGCGUAUCCGUCCUGAGCGUACCGUUGACAUCUAUGGUCACGUGACGCUGAUGCGCUCUCAGAGGAAUUACAUGGUGCAGACGGAGGAUCAGUACAGCUUCAUCCAUGAGGCUCUGCUCGAGGCUGUCACCUGUGGCAACACCGAGGUGGCAGCACGCAGCCUCUUCUCCUACAUGCAGAAACUGGAACAGGUGGAGAGCGGAGAACACGUCACAGGCAGGGCACUGGAAUUUAAGCGCCUGGCGAACACUAAAGCUCACACCUCCAGGUUUGUGACGGCCAACUUGCCCUGUAACAAGUUCAAAAACAGGCUGGUGAACAUCAUGCCAUAUGAGACCACACGUGUGUGCCUGCAGCCAAUCAGAGGCCUCGACGGCUCUGACUAUAUCAAUGCCAGCUUUAUUGAUGGAUACAGGCAGCAGAAGGCAUACAUCGCCACACAAGGUCCUUUAGCGGAGACCACAGAGGAUUUCUGGAGGAUGCUGUGGGAGCACAACUCCACCAUCGUGGUCAUGCUUACCAAACUGAGAGAAAUGGGGCGGGAAAAAUGUCACCAGUACUGGCCUGCAGAACGCUCUGCCCGCUACCAGUACUUUGUGGUAGACCCCAUGGCUGAGUACAACAUGCCGCAGUAUAUCCUGAGAGAAUUCAAAGUUACAGACGCAAGAGACGGACAGUCACGGACAGUCAGGCAGUUCCAGUUCACUGACUGGCCUGAACAGGGAGUGCCAAAAUCAGGAGAGGGUUUUAUCGAUUUCAUUGGGCAGGUGCACAAAACCAAGGAGCAGUUCGGGCAGGACGGGCCAAUCACUGUCCACUGCAGUGCUGGUGUUGGUAGGACAGGUGUGUUCAUCACUCUCAGUAUCGUGCUGGAAAGGAUGCGUUACGAGGGUGCUGUGGACAUCUUCCAAACUGUCAAAAUGCUGCGCACACAACGACCAGCCAUGGUGCAGACAGAGGAUGAAUACCAGUUCUGUUACCAAGCCGCCCUCGAGUACCUGGGAAGCUUCGAUCACUAUGCAACAUAAAAGGAGGAAGAACACACUCAUCAACUCAACUCACGUACACCUGUCUCAAUGUUUUACAACGCUACAGAAAUUUUCUUGUUCCAUGAUGCCAUCGUGAAAGGGGAUACAUUUUGAAGUACGAUAACAUCUAAGACUAUUUUGGAGGAGGAAAAGAAAAAAAAUGACAAAAUGUUUUCUCUCAAGAGCUUCCCAGGGAAGUUCUGUAUCACAGCAAGCUUAUUACCUCAGUGUUCAGUUAUUGAUAUUAAUGUCGUGGUCGCCUUUUUAGAAAUAUUACAACGUGGGUAAAUAAAUGAAACCUCUUUCAAAACAAAAAAUACAAUAUGUUAUAAAAAACCUAACAAACAAAAAAAAAAACUAUGAAAUCAAACGCCUGGAAAAUUGCUGCACUCUUCACUGGGAGUUUAAACCGAACUGUAUUUGCCAAUGAAAAGAUCAGAGAUGAACUCCAGGUCAGCUCCUGUAUGAUGAAGGUUUUCAGUGCUGUUAAAGAAGCAGAACUCGUACCUUCUGUGCCUCAAGGAGCAACAACAGCAGAGGGUCAAAGGUUAUGGAUUCUUUUGGUUUCGGAGGCGAGCGGCUGUAUCACGGACUCUUCUUACACUACAUUAGUAAUGUGAUAUAAUCAGCUUCAGUGUCUCUUUUACUCCUGGUCAUUUGGAGCGCUAUUGUGAUUGAACCUUGCCUUUGAAGAGCUGUCAGAUACGUCUAUAGAUUUUGUCGGUUUUCAACAGAGCGCCUGUGAAUACUGUUAUUCUGAUGUGUGUCAGUCUUUCUCUUCCUUUCUCUUUCUCUCUGUCUCUUUCUCUCUACACAAAUAUGCUGCUUUAUACCCUGUGUGUGAGACAAAAAUAGUCAGUCAUGUCCUGAAAUUGUGGAGAUCAAGAAGCUGGCUUUCUUUGGGCCCUAUAUAAAGACCAUGUGGAUAAAAACACACCCUUAUUCUGUUCUGGGAGAUUGUAGGAUUGUAAUUAGGACACAUUUAGGCAGAGAAAACCUAAUGCCAAAGUAUUUUUAAUUCUGAUUCAAACGGUCCUGCCAACUCUAAAAGUCUCAAGAUUCCGCUUGCAAGUCAAUUUCAAAGCAUUCUAGCAUUCCUUUAUAGUUUUUCACGAAAAAAAAGAAAACAAAACGCUUUGUAAAUUUGAAUUAAAAUCAUUGCCAAAAGCAAAAACUGACCGCAGGAGCCAGUACCAGUCAGUCAUUCCAGUUAUUCUCUGACUUAAUCGAACCGAGCUAGAAGAAAUUGUUAUGUUUUUGCUUAGUGGAGGAGUCGUGUGUAGGAAUAGCACAAAUGAGUUUCAUAAGAAUAGUUACCGAGGAUUUAGCACAAGCCGUCUGAAACGGAAGAAAACGGAGGACGGUUCCUGUAGGCCUGAUACUCUUCUCGUGAAGAGACUAAAAGUGAGCCUUACUGUCGUUGUCAAAUAUUUAACCAACAUGAUUUUUUUUAUUUCGUUUUGCUGAUAUUAUGCUUGUAUUUUUAAUAAUAUUUAUAUCUUUUUUUGAGUACUUGCUGGAAUAUAAUCGACGAGAUAUUGUGUAGUUGGCGAGCUAAUGUGACUGUACAUGGUCCCUCUGUACGUUAUUUUGAUAUUUCCUGUACAAUUCUCUCUUAGAGUGUCCUGUAGGAACAGAACAGCACAAGGCCUGGAACGAGCUUGUUCCUAAAAAAAAAAAAGAAAAAAGAAAGAAAGAAAAAAAAAAAAAAUCUGAAUGAUGCCCCAGAAGGGACAAACGACUCUUUUUAAUAUUGUAAAAAUGACCAUGUACCCUGUUCCUCAUCAGAAAGAUCAGCUUUUCGAAGUGUCGGUACUAUAAAUACAGUUCUCAGUUCUCCAGCUAAUAGGAAUAAUUACCCUAAAACAAAUGACCACUAUUUAAAAGUAUCGGAGGGAGAUUAAGGGACAUUAAAACCACUGCGACUUUUAAAUCCUAUUAUUUAUAGCACACACUGAUGGAGUACUGAUGUUAUUUUAACUUAUAUUAUUACCCUUUAUUGUCCAAUCUACUUAUGAUUACGGCUGAUGUUUGCUGAUAUAUAUCUAUAUAUAUACACACAGUAUAUAUAUGUGGAAACGAUUACGGUUAAAUUGCACAAUUUACAAAAUGAUGAUCAAAAUAGCUCUGUAUCAGUCGAGCAGAUGUUCAAAUGCACUUUGCAGUUGAAAACGGGCUAAAGUGGAAGACGAGAUUAACUUUUCUCUUCAUCUUUCAAGUUAAAGCACAUCCGAAAGACUUACAACUGAAAAUGAGCUUUACAAGUAUAAAGAAAUAUAUCUAUAGCCAGCUUUUGUAAUAUCUUACAAAUGUUACAGCACAUACAAAGCGAUUCUUUCUCUUUUUGUUGUAACAUCAAAUUCAAGUAUAUAAGAAUGGGAUUUUUUUUUUCUCCUUUUAAAGCGAUUAGAGAGAAAUAAAAUAAAAUGAAGUUAGAUGUAAAAAAAAAAAUGUACAUAAAAUCUAAACACUUUAAUUGAUAUCGAAUAUUCACUACCCGAAUAAGUUCAUUGUUGUUGUUUUUUUUACAGAAAGUACUGUAUUGAGCUCUCUGAGAUAUUUCUCAAUGAGUUUUUUGAACAAAGUGAUUUUGCCAUUUUCUUCCAUUCCUUAAUGCAAAAUUUCCCCAACUCUUCCAAAAUAGACAGAGAACAUUAACUUGCAGCAAUUUUUAGGUGAUGCCACAGAUUUUCAAGCGUCCCUUGAAAACCCUGCUGUUUUUAAGACAUUCUUUGUCAUUCCUGCUCAUGGAGACCCAGAUCUCCAUGAAGCUGAAGAAACAGGUUCUCCUCAAGAACCUGCUUGUAAUUAACUCCAUCCAUGUUGCUCUUGAUGGCAACAAGAUUUCAAGGUCCUCCUGCUUAAAAGCAACCACAGAGUUUAUCUGGGUGUUGGGUUGCAAUUGUUUUACACCAAACAUAAUGCUUUGCUUUUAGACCAGUUGACUCAAAAUCUUUUCCAAAAGCUCUCAGAUUUGCUCCCAUACCUUCUCACAAACUCCAUAUUAUCCAUUCUCAGAAAUGGCUUCCUUCUGUCCAUUUUUCUACCGAGGCUAGAUCUGUGAAGAGCUGAUGAUAUUGUUGAGAUCUAAACAGGCUCUACCAUUUUAGACAGUGAGCAGUGUAUCUCAUUCAGUGUUAUAGCUGGGCUCUUAGACACCUCCUCUUAGACAGCUGUCCUUCUUGCCCAUGUUCUCAGUUUGAAAGGAUGGCCUGAUCUGUGUGGUGUCAGGGUUGUGCCAUAUUUUUUCAAAAA